AUGAUCAAUAAGCUACCCCUUCAAAGCAUCCAAACCGGCCGACAGAGACGGAUCUUGCGCCACCGCCCCCUUAAACCGAAGUCACCCCACGUCUAUCUUCCAUCACACCAACCUCCCAUGGCCGCUAUAGAGACCCUCUUCAAACUAGAAGCCGAAUAUAAUGCCGGAAAUAACUCCUUCAAAGAUUUUUCCUUCAACCACUUAGCUUCCCAAAACGGUGUGGGGAAACUUCUACCAACCUUAAAGCUACAAUUUGAAACAAUGGGAUCCUUGAAGGAAUUUUUUCCUAUCGAAAUGAUGUCUCUCCACCAACAAGAAUGA